CCCCUCGUGACACAAACAGCUUCUCUUUCACGUGUCAGCUCUUCUUCCUCUUCUUCUUCGCCCGGAGCUCCUGCUGUUGUUAUCGGAUAUCCAGACGACGCGGAGCCGCCUCCCCGCUCCUCUUCCCCCGCCUGUUUCUCCCCCACGUCUGUGAUGAGCGCACCGUGUUUUGUAACUUUCACAACAGUCGAUAAUCGAUAGAGACGAGCUGGAGGCGCGGAGCUGCGGACAUGUUCGAUCGGUUCGUGGAAUGAAACGCGGCGGCUCUCGGUUUGUCAAAGGAGCGGCGGUUCCCUCAGGUGCCCGCAGAACUGUCCCCGCUGUCCGGUCCCAUCACCGAGCAGCGAGCGGCCACAGCAGCCGCCAGUAGCCUCUCAAGUCCCGGGAAGGAGGGAGGGGGAAGCCCGGCGAGGCCACCACCUCCUCCACCUCCACCAUGGCGAGCGACGACUGCAGUAAAGACUUGUACGCCGGAGAGAACCGCACAGACUCGGGCAUCGACUCGUACCGCUCCAUCCUGAAGUCGGAGGAGCCGCGGGACCCCGGCGCGGACCUCAGCGGGCCGCGGGAGAAGUUCUCCGGCGUGGAGGAGCGGCUGGACUCAGCCUACGGCUCCUCGUCCAUCACCGGGGAGAGUCUGUCGGAGCUGGUGGGGAGCUGCUCGCUCUCCGGCGGCCCGGAGGAGCAGACACUCAGCUCUGAACUGUGCGAGCAGGAGGAGAACUUUCUCACGACUAUAACUGAGGAGGGAGACACAUUCCUGCACUUAGCAAUCAUCCAUGAAGACGAUUUCAUCACUCAGCACUUGAUAGAGCUUUUCCCAAAAGAAGUCCUGGACAUCCAAAAUAAUUUAUACCAGAGCCCUUUGCACCUGGCCACCUAUCUGAACCUGACGGAUGUGGUGAAGAAGCUGGUGGAGAAAGGGGCCAGCCUGGAGCUGCAGGACCAGGACGGGAACACGGCGCUCCACGUGGCCUGCCAGCACGGACAGACGGAGUGCGCCAACGAGAUGACCAGAGACGUUUCCCCGAGCAAGCUGGCACCAGUCUUCGAGACGCAGAACUGGAGAGGUCUUGCCUGUCUUCACUUGGCUGCACUGAACAGGCAACAUCCGAUUAUGAAGCUCCUGAUGAAAAAGGGAGCUGACCUGAAUAUACAGGAAGGAACCAGUGGGAAAACGGCUCUUCACCUCGCGGUCGAGCUGCACGACAUCACGUCCGUGAAGCUGCUGCUCAGCAGGGGAGCCAACGUGGACGCCGCCAUGUUUAACGGCUGCACGCCCCUGCAUCUGGCGGUGGGGAGGCAGGACGCCCCCAUCGCCAACCUGCUCUGCCAGGCCGGCGCUGACACAAUGCUUCGAAACAUGGAGGACGAGACGGCGCUGGAUCUGGCUGACGGCAAUGAUGAUAUUCUGGCUCUAUUUCCCUUCGACGACAUCCAGAUCUCUGGGCGGUCGGUGGUCGUUGUGAAGUUCUGAGCAGAAUCGACAACUCUGAAAUUGUCCGGAGCUUCACUGUGGCUGGCAAAGAUUUUUUGAAAAGAAAGCUGUAUUUGCGCUGAAGUUUUUAUGGAGUAGUGGCUUUAUUUGUAGUGCACUCUGAUUUGAUCUCUAUUUAUCUAUUGUGUAGACGAAUAUGCACUUCUUAUAAAUCUUACUUCCCUCUGACGGAGAGUGAUUCUGCUUGAUUGAGCGCAGACUUAAAAAACAAAAUCUACGUUUCUCAGUCGGUUUUUUUUGCUUCUUUUCGUUGCAUCUGGGUUUUACUCGGCUACAAGUCUCCUGACUGUAAGUGCCGAACUUCCCAUCAGCAUGUUCAAAAAAUAAAAA